UUAAUUUCGAUGCACUUCCGGAACACCGUGGACGGUGUCUGAUUAAAAACAUGACGAUGAACGAAUGUAUUGAUUGUCGCUGUCAUGGCUAAUUGCAAACUUAAUGUCCGAAUUCAGAUGAAUAUGACAGUGCAGUGUUAAAAUGAUGAAAGGUUUCACCGUUGUGAUGCUUGUUCUGGGCACGUUGUUCGUGCCAGUUACAGAACAAGCUGCACCGCAUCCUCAACCCAAAUCAGAGGCUGUACCCAACAUUACACCGGACCCUAAAGUGAAUGGAAGUUUUAUUGAUGUAAAUGGCACAAAUGGUACAGAACUCAUCAACUCAACAACUACUUUUACAACAACGAUAGCCACUACAACCAAGCGUGUAGCAGUGGACCUGCCCAAGAAAGGAGCGGCGGAGGAAGAGCAUCACAGUAGCUUCACCAUCUUCUUCAUCCUCCUCGUUGUUGCUCUGGCAAUAUUGACCACACAUAUGCUUAUUCAAACCAGAUUUCACUAUUUACCUGAAAGCAUUGCAGACAUUUUAUUAGGUGCAUUUGCAGGAUUGUUGUUGAAAAUUUUUAAUUCAGGAGAUCCUCAGAAUCGUGAAGCUUUCAGUCCCACAGUGUUCUUUAUAGUUUUACUGCCUCCCAUUAUCUUUGAAUCAGGAUACAAUCUGCACAAGGGUAACUUUUUCCACAACCUUGGCUCUAUAUUGGUGUUUGCCAUUCUUGGAACUGUGGUGUCAGCUCUAGUGGUGGGAGGGGGCAUAUACCUUCUAGGACAGGCAGAGGUAGUGUACAAGUUGAGCUGGAUUGAAUCCUUUGCCUUUGGCUCGCUGAUAUCAGCCGUGGACCCUGUGGCUACUCUGGCUAUUUUCCAUGCCUUAGAUGUGGAUCCUAUUCUCUACAUGUUGGUGUUUGGGGAGAGUGUGUUGAAUGAUGCAGUGUCUAUUGUACUUACUACUACUGUGUUAGAGUAUGCGGACCCUUCUGUACAGAUCACUAGUAAAACUCAGGCAGUGUUCUCAGCAGUAGGCCGAUUUCUGGGCAUGUUCUUUGGCUCAGCAGCCAUUGGAGUUGUGUGUGGGUUAAUCAGUGCAUUACUUUUAAAAUAUGUAGAUUUAAGGAAAACUCCCUCACUGGAGUUUGGACUUAUGUUGACAUUUUCAUAUUUGCCAUAUGCUUUAGCAGAAGGAAUCCAUUUAUCAGGUAUUAUGGCCAUAUUGUUUUGUGGCAUCGUGAUGUCUCAUUAUACUCACCCCAAUCUGUCCCCGGUGACACAGAUUACUACUCAACAGACAUUCAGGACUAUAGCCUUUAUAGCAGAAACCUGCGUGUUUGCCUAUCUAGGCUUAGCCCUUUUCAGCUUUAGAUUGAUGGUUAAACCUGCUUUUGUGAUAUGGAGCAUUGCUUUGGUACUAAUUGGAAGAGCUUUCAACAUAUUUCCUCUUUCAUUUAUCAUGAACUACUUCAGAGAACACAGAAUCUCAAGGAAGAAUCAAUUUAUCAUGUGGUUUAGUGGUUUACGUGGUGCUAUUGCCUUCUCCCUGAGUCUUCACCUUGAGUUUGAGCAGGAGAAGAGAUAUGUUCUAGUUACAGCAACUCUGAUCAUUGUACUGUUCACAGUUAUCUUCCUUGGAGGCAUGACACUGCCAAUCAUGAAGUGUCUAGAAACCAAGAAAAAGAAGAAGAAAUCCGAUAAGGAGGUGUCCCUGAGUAAAACCAAGGAAAUGCCCCCUAUCCCACAUGUACCAUUCCAAGGGGGUGAGACUGUGGACACGGACCAUCUAUCUGAGCUCACAGAGGAGGAGUAUGAAGUGGGAUAUAUCCGCUCUCACCAGAAGGGCUUCCCCCGCAUUGACACCAAAUACCUGAUUCCUUUCUUCACUCGUAGAUUUACCAAACAGGAAGUGAAAGAGGGGAGGACCCAGAUCAACCACUUGGCCACCCAGUGGUACCAGGAUGUUCGGGCGGUGCCUUCUGAAUCAGACUCAGAGGAUGAGGCAGAGACUAGUCUCAUUAACCACACAGCAGAAGUCAAUCAUCACUGAAUGUGCAGUCUUGUAUAUCAAGGGUCAACCAUCUCUGAAGAAAUCUGGAAGUUAAUUUUCAUCUCUUCCAUCACUUACCUGAAGCCAUCAAUACACAUAAGCAAACUUUGUCAUGCUGAUCCAUUAUGUGACAGAAUGUACCGGUACAUGUAACUGCUUUGGUGGUUUCCAUUUAUUCCUUGUAUACAAUGUACAAUGUUACAGAUACACUGUACGAUGACCAACCAGAACAGACUGUUGAAACUGUUCUGUUCAACACAAAAAGAUGAACAUGUUUGAAGAGUCAAAGUCUACAAAUCCAUUUCCUUUGCGAAAUAUUCAAUGUACAUGUGCACAUUCUGCUUGGUAUACCAAAUGAUGGUUGAUAAUUAGAAUUUACAUGUAUGAGAAACAUAUAUCGUGUGAAUUUGUUGUAUAAAAUUUACAUGAAAUUUGCUCAAAUUCAUUAUUGUGUGUGCAGGAUUGAGGACUAUCAAUGUAAAAACUCUAUUGAUAUUGAUCUCAGAAGAAAAGUAUUUAUCUUAUUUUUUGUUUAAUACAAAAGAGAAAAGAGAACUCUUUGGGCUAUAUACAUGUAUGUACAUGUAUAUUCAUUACCAUUGUAUUUACAUGUUCAUAAUGUAACCUUGGUCUCAAUAGAGUUUUGAGACUUUUUAAAAACAUUUAUUAGAUGAUAUUUAGAAUAUAAGCUUUCAUAUUUUACAUGGGUUCUGCUUUGAAAAUCAAAAUAAUUUACAAUUAUAGAUUUUUUUUUUUAUUAAAAUUAUUUCCAUGUUUUUUUUUUCUGGUAGUAGUAUUAUUUAGUUACUUCUUUAUAUCCUUUGUGGUAUAUGUGUAAUUGAUUGUUUAUAACAGUAACAUUGGGCAAACAAUCAAGAAAUGUUUCGAUAUGAAAAGCUUUUCAUCGAACAAUUUCUUUUUCUUGCAGCUAUGUUUACUUAAGUAUGUGAUAUUUAUUAACUUUCUGUAUCAGAAAGUCACGUGAUUGAGCAGCGUGUGAUGUCACAAUUGCAUUAUAAGUUAAUUUAUUCAUUUUCAUAUCUAACUUAUGUACUUAAAGUAUUAUCAUUGACUGUUUACCUAAAUUUGGUCAAGCCAGUAAAAAUGGAAUAGAUAUAAUGAUAAUGAUAUGAUAUUAUAUAAAUUAUUGUAUUGUAAAAAAUUGUUUUAACAUAUGAUUAUGGUACGCAUAUGAGAGUUCGGAGACAAUGUAUAUUUAAUCAGUGCUUUGCUCUAUAGCAAUUUAUGAUUAUAUUUGACGGAUUUUUUUUCUUUUGGAUUAGCUAUCACUACUUUCUUUGACUAUAGAUAAGUUUUUCUGGUUCUGUGGAAUCAUUUGAUUUGAUGUUCUACUCUUAGGCCUGUACUAAAAUCUACUGCUUUGUGGGUCAUAAUUUCAUGGGUGUAUACAAUUAUGUACAUGUCCAUGUUGAACGGUAGAUCACACCCCCUCAAAGGUAACAGAUCUUUAAUAAUCGUUAAACUUAAAAAACUAACUUACGAUUCUGCAAAUGAUUGAUGUGAAAAGUAUUAACAAAACAUUUGGUUGGGAACCUUACAUGAACCGUACCGUAACAAAUAUAUAGGUUAUUAAUGAAAUCCAAAAACAUUUAGCUACCAUAAACAGUGAUGAUGACUGUUUCUUUUGUGUGCAAAUUGUCAUGUAGCUUUGAAUUUUUCAAUAGUACAAUUGUAUAACCACACUUUCAGAUGAUUAAGUCUUUAAAUUUUGAUAAGUUACGGUAUUUAUUUAUGUAGCUUAUUUUGAAGGUUUUAUGAAAAUCAGGCACUUGGUGUCCCAAUGCCAACAUAUGAGAACUUUGCCAUAACAACCAUAUAAGUAUCUGAUAUCUUAAUCCAUUUCAGUGUCAUAUGUAGUAACUUUAUAUUUAUUACACAUGCACCAGUAGUAAGACUAGUGCUUGAUGGGUUAUUGUUGAGGUUGAUUUUAAGAAUUCAAAAUGUGUUCGUUAGAUGUAUUUUGUUCACAUAUAUAGUGUGUCAUUCUAUUACAGCUAAAGUGCUGUCAAAUCUUUUUCAAUUAUCUGUAUGAAAGUUUUCAAAACAAAAUUGCAGAGAAAUGCCAAUAAAAAUUUUAAUCAUC